AUGGAUAAUCCAACACCGUGCAGUCUAAGCAGACACGGUCACCUCUGUAAAUUUCCGUAUGUCUGCCACGAUUUCCGACCGAAUAUGACAAAGGCGGCGAUCGCCCAGCGUCGUGCCAUCAUGGCCAACAUGAGCGCCGAUCCCUACGCUUUCACAGGCUUCAUCAAGCUACCAGAGCGGUGGCCUGGUCCUAAUUAUGGCAUCACUAAUUUCGACAAUCUCGCAGCUUCCAUGCUCACCGUCUUUCAGUGUGUCACUAUGGAAGGGUGGACCAAUGUCCUCUACUGGAUGAACGAUUCACAAGGCAUGGAGUGGCCCUUUCUAUACUUCGUUAGCCUUAUCAUCAUUGGCUCCUUCUUCGUGAUGAAUCUUGUUCUGGGUGUUCUAAGCGGGGAGUUUUCAAAAGAGAGAGAAAAAGCUAAGAAACGAGGGAAAUAUCAGAAGGCCAGGGAACAAAUGCAGUUUGCUGAAGAUGUUCAGGGAUAUUUGGAUUGGAUUGGGGCAGCCGAAGAUCUCAGUGAUGAUGAAGAUAAUGCCAACCGUUUGGACGUCAAGGAGAAACGUAAGCAUUCUUCUCGGCGAUCAAGAAGGCUUAACCGGCGAUGCAGACGGUCUUGCCGUCGGAUGGUUAAAUCACAAACUUUUUAUUGGACUGUAAUUGUUCUCGUCUUUCUAAACACCGGUGUUCUUACCUCGGAGCAUUACGGUCAACCGAAGUGGUUAGAUGUCUUUCAAAGUGAUGCAAACGUUGUGUUUGUGGUUCUCUUCACAAUUGAAAUGCUGCUGAAGAUGUAUAGUCUGGGUGUGCGGUGCUACUUUGACUACAUGUUUAAUCGCUUUGACUGCUUCGUGGUAAUCUGCAGUAUUCUCGAGAUCGUGUUCAUCAUGACCAAACUGAUGCCUCCACUUGGUGUUUCUGUGUUUCGAUGUGCUCGUCUUCUUAGAGUCUUCAAAGUUACAAGAUACUGGAACAGUCUACGAAAUCUGGUUGGCUCACUUCUGGCAAGUAUGCGGUCGAUUGCAAGCCUUUUGGUACUACUCUUCCUCUUCAUUGUCAUAUUUGCACUCCUGGGAAUGCAAAUAUUCGGCGGCAGAUUUAAUUUCCUCAGCCUACGGAAACCGCGUUCAAAUUUCGAUAACUUCUACCAAGCGCUUACAACAGUGUUUCAGAUUCUGACUGGUGAAGAUUGGAACGAGGCAAUGUACAUGGGGAUAAAAUCCUAUUCUGCUCAGCCGUUCGGAAGUCUUGUUUGCCUCUACUACGUUUUCCUCUUUAUUUGUGGUAACUGUAUCCUUUGCUGCAGAGUCAUCUGA